GCGGCCUAGUCAGGGUCCCCCAUCUUCAUCACCCCUGGAGGAGCUGUGGGUGCUCAGGGCCCCCAGGCCCGCUAUGGGGGCACGGACCUGGCAGCCGCUGUGGAAAGCUUUUAGUUCUCUUUUUUCUCCCUGUAAUGUUAGAAUAAGUGUAUUUGUGUUGCAGGGGUGAAGGUUAGUUAAUUAAUUAACCUUGAAAAUGAAGCUACUCUUAAGUGUUAAGUGUUCUCUUCCUCAGCCUCCUCACCCGUGGCUUUGUAAUUUCCUCUGGACCUCCUUUUGUCUGAUAGAGUUACAGAUGCAUUGGGAACAGCGUUAAGCCCACCAUUGUGUAAAAAUAGCAGAGUCCCUCAGAGGGCUGCAUCGUGAUUUCGGUUUGAGGAGCAUUCAACAAUGAGUGGAAAUGAGCACGACUGGCUGGCUCUCAAACCCCAGGAACCUUCUUCAUCCCAGUGCUGCGGCAGUGGCUGCAAACCCUGCAUCUAUGAUGUGUAUGAGAAGGAGCUUGCACAAUGGGAGAGGGCCAAAGCCAAGCAAGACAAAAGCCUCCUCCUGGAAAACAAGGAGCAGAGCAAUAAUUCAGAACUGAAUCCAGAUACAUUUACUGCAUUCAACAUAAGCUCAGUGGAGCAGCUAACAGAGGACACCUACCAGUACAAAUUUGAAUUACCGGGAAAUAGCAGUCUGCGAUUGAGUUUAGGACAACAUAUCGUGUUAAGAGGAGUGGUGAAUGGUUUGGAGGUCCAGCGAGCCUAUACCCCGAUUAGCCCAGGGAAUGCAGAAGGGUACUUUGAAGUGUUAAUGAAAUGCUAUGAAGCUGGGCUAAUGUCACAAUACAUAAAAACGUGGAAAAAAGGAGACACGGUCUUUUGGCGUGGGCCGUUUGGAGGGUUCCCAUAUCGACCUAAUAAGCACGGAGAACUCCUCAUGCUGGCAUCUGGUACCGGCCUCGCACCAAUGCUUCCCAUCCUCCAGUCCAUAACAGAUGAUGAAGAGGAUGAAACCUUUGUAACUCUUGUUGGCUGCUUCCGUACAUUUGACAAAAUUUACCUGAAACCUCUUCUCCAGGAUUUGGCUCGAUACUGGAACAUCAGAAUAUUUUAUGUCCUAAGCCAGGAAACAUCACUGGAGAAACUUCCUUGGAGCUAUCAGGAAAACACUUAUACUGGUCGUCUCAGUGAAGAUUUGCUGAAGAUGAUAAUAAAUUCCUGUCGAAGAAAGCCAUUUGUAUUAAUAUGUGGCUCUUCUGCAUUCAGUGAAGAUAUGAGUAGAUAUUUGAAAGCUGCAGGAAUCGAAGAAAAUUCCUGUUUUGUCUUUUAGCAGAAUAUUCCUGAUCUAAGAAAUCUUAGGCCGAGUCUUGGAUGUCCUUGUUUCUCUGCAGACAUUGCUCAAAUUCAGUCGUCUCCAUAGACUGAGUUCCUUGUGCAUAUACUGUCAUACCCUUUGGAUCAAAUAUUUGUCUCCAGUACGGUUCUCCCUCUUGAGAGUGUUUUAAGGAUCAGGUCUCACUCCAGAGUGGCUGCUACGAUCACCUACACCUUGGGGAACAGCGUGGUGAUGUUAAUGGAAGUCUGUACAUGCAAUCUUAAAGAGAUCCUAAGGGUACUAAAAAGCAUCCAAGUACAUAGCUCUGCUAUAACACAAAGACUAUUGUCUUGCUUUGUGAUCCAUGUUAGUCUGCAGUGAUAUUUGCCCUGUUAGAUAUCCAGAGGAGAAAUUUAAUCUUCGAGGAGAAGACUGCCUGGCCAAGGGAACAGCAGAGCACUGGCCCGGCCCUCUGGAGUCCGUGGGGUUCAUUUUGGUUGUGUCAUUAUCUUGCUGGGCAGUGCCAGGCAAGUCACUUUAACCUCUGUGCACCUCGGUUGCCCCAUUAUAGACUAAUAUAGAGAAGGAGGCACUGAUCUUCCCUGAAAAGAGCCUUUUCAACCAUAUAUGGAAGAACUAUACCUGGGAAUGGAAGUAUACUGAUGCCCAGUGAGGAGUGAGGCAGGCUGCCCUCCUGCCCUGGCACAGCCUGCCUUGUCUACGCUGAUCCUUAACACACAUAAGGCUGCCUGGGGAAAGAAACAGCAUGUUUUAAAACUGUGGGAGAAAGCAUCCGCAUUGUAGCUGCUAUCUGUCAGGGAGGAUGGUUGGUUGCUUCCUGUGUCCCCUAAGUGUUGUAGAAUAGCCCUGGUUCAUUAAAUUGAACCUCUUUUCAAAUAAA